CCAGCCGGGUGCUCAAGGAGGGGCAGAGCCAACCAGUCUGGCCCCGCCCGCCGCGCGCGCGGCUUGUGCCCAAUGCACAGAGCGGCCUUGGCAUCACAGCCAACACUGGCUCUGAUCAGCGUCAGGCAUCAGCGCGUGGCAGCCGCUGGUUCCGGCGGGCCGAGGGGUUAGCGGCGGCACGCAUCGCACAGCGCCGCUUUGAUAUUACUUGGCCAGCAUUGGCGCUGCGUCGUCGGCGGACACUCGCGGCGUCGGAUGUCUGGGCCUGCGAUGUUUGCGGUCGUGGCAUUUGCGCCGGAUGUGGCCCUUGGUCCAAGUCUUAGCACUGGCCGGUGCCGCUACCCUGGGUUUCGUUUUUCUGCGGCAAGGCUCUCUGAGAGGAAUUGCGAGUGCAGAUGUUCGAGAAUGGUAUGCGAACGACACGGACGGUUCUGAAAGCGACCUUGGUACAGUUUCGCCCCAUCUAGGUCCGCGAGAGUUCCCAGUCCCGCCACAGGUAUUGCAUUCGAGGUGCUUGUCCGCGAAGUUUAACACCACUCGGUUCCCCAAUGUCUCGAUUAUCAUCCCCUAUUUGAACGAGUCGUGGUCACAGAUGAGAGCAACCGUCGGAUCCAUCCUUUCGUAUUCACCCAUGGACCUAGUCGACAAUAUACUCUUCAUUGAUGAUGGGAAUUCUGCUGAGUGGCAAUUCCAUGACCAGCUGAGGGCAUUGCACACCAAGGUCACUGUACAUCGCAAUGACCGUCGAGAAGGUCUGAUACGUUCUAGAGUGAUCGGUGCACGCCGGACUACCUCGGAGGUACUCGUGUUCAUGGAGCCUCACUGCGUUGUGCAGCCGCGCUGGAUUGAGCCUCUGCUCGAGCGCAUGGCGGGGUCCGAGGAUCACGCCACGGUUGUGGCGCCAGUCAUCGACGUGAUACCGGAGGCGGACUUCAGCAAGUACCGCGCGUCGCACAGUCAGGUCGGAGGGUUCGACUGGACCCUGACUUUCCGCUGGGCCGCGUUCCCAGAGUACAGGAACGCAUCAUACCGGUAUCCAGAGCCGUUCGCUAGCCCCGCAAUCUCCGGCGGCAUCUUCGGCAUCUGGCGCGACUUCUGGGAGAGGCUCGGGGAGUACGACAUGGGCAUGUCCGCGUGGGGUGGCGAAACAUCGAGCUGUCGCUGCGGGCCUGGCGCUGCGGCGGGCGCAUCGAGCUCCUUCCCUGCUCCCGCCUGGGGCACGUGUUCCGGUCCGCGCAUCCCUACUCGGUCAGCGGCAAGGAGGUGUUCCGGAACCACCAGAGGGUCGCCGCGGUCUGGCUCGACGAGCACGCCGCAAGCUGGCGGACAGAAAGGCUGUGCAGCCGGACCGAUCCGCCCUGCCCUGAUCAUUGGGUGCCAGACUCUCCUGGUCGCUGCCGAUCUUGCUUCAAAAAAUACCAGUACCGGUCGCGUCUGGUCUGUUUCAAAUCGGUCACGGCCGAUCGCGACCGAACAAAUCUUGUAUCCAGUGAUUUGAGAAUGCCGCAGCGCCCGAGGCAUCCUCCAGAGCCGCUGGAUCCCAAGGCUUCUCGAUUUCAGUCGCACCCGAUCUUAAUCCUUGCCCUGGUCUCGUCUUACCGGGGUUCCCGAUGGCGAUGGCGGAACAGCUGAUGUCGUACAGCCGGACCGAGGUCUAAGAUCGAGGUCGUCCCGGGGAGGGUGCCCGGACGUUCUUCGUGCUUCUUGGGUGUUCUUGUGCCCCCCCUGGGGGAGGAUAGGGCUCUUUGUUUUGGCCUUCUUGAAGGACGUUCUUAAGAACGUCCUUCAAGAAUUCUUCUGUCCUAGGUCCGACCGCACCGUCGUUCGUCCGCUGAGCGAGCUUCCACGCCGCCGCCCCGUGGGCGGAGGCGCUGGACCCCGGCGACGUCUCCGAGCGCCUGCGGCUGCGCAGGGCGCUGGGCUGCCGGUCCAUGGGGUGGUACGUCGAGCACGUGUACCCAGAGUUGCUGCGCUCGGGUGCGCGCUGGGUCUACUGGGAGUUCGUCCACUCCAAGAUGGUUCGCGCUAGGCACGACGCGGUCGACUUCGCGCGGGGGGUGCUGCGUCGCCUCGGCGGCCUCCAGGAGCUGUGAGGCGCCCAGACACUGCCGGCCGACGUCACUCCGUGCCCCCUCCUCGCGCAUACCCUCUCCCGCGUGCCUCCUGCCUCCUGCCCCCUUU